AUGAGGUUCGAAUACACGCCAGAUGAGGUGCCUCACAAAGUCGUCAAUGUUCUGAAUCGGUUCUCUUUUCAUCAAAGCAAAGAUGGUCAAGAAAUUGGAAAGGUGUUUGACUCGGUGCCGGAGAAGCUGAAGGUUGAUAUAGCAGCAAACCAACCAAUAACUAUGGUUUUGCCUGCAUUUCCGUGGAAGAACCCAAACCAGGACAAAGUACUGGGCGAUGGAGCUGAUUUAGGAGACGAAUUGGGUCUGGCAAGACUGAAUCACCUGUGUGAGGAGAUAUCAGCAGUCUAUCCCUACGGUGCCCGUCUGAUCCUCAUUUGUGAUGGGCCUGUGUAUAAUGAUCUGGUUGGUGUUCCGGCCAAUGAAUUUUACGAUUAUGGCAUUCAACUGCGAAAUAUUGCCCACCAGAACCGCUUCUCUUCAAUCCAAUUCAUUCGGUUGAUGGAUCUGCUAGAAAUCGGUGAUGGCGAGAAGAUUUCCAAGGCUGAUUACAUACGUCUCGUUCCUAUUUGCCGCGAAAGGCUGAUGUCGCCCCCGUAUUUUGAUCCAAGAUUUGAUGUGAACCAGGAACUGAAGACAAACCCUGAUACUAUGACAACCUAUGAGAGCUACAUUAGUCGGAUCUCUGAGGAUCUGAAAUGGGCCAAGGGAUUGGACCCCGCUGUGGUAGCUGAUCCAGCGCUGUAUGCGACAGAGGUGUCCAGCAGGGUCAAGACCAUGAUCAAUCGGCUUAUUGCAUACGAGGCUGUAAUUAACAGCACGUUGGGGGAACAUAUUCGACUAUCGAUUCAUCCUUCUUUAGGACGAAACAAGAUCUCCAUCCCGUUGUUACGCCAAGGGGACAUAUUUGGUGACAUGCCUUGGCACGCCAGUGUGGUGGUACUUUCGAAUGGGGAGAUCAAGACGGGAAACUCCCGAGACUUCCGCAAGUUGUAUGAGGUGGUCAUGAAGCACGGCAGACCAUACUAUUUUCGAGAGCGGUCCCCAAUGUAUGAGUGGUCUGCGGAUGUGGUAUUCCAACAUGAUUACGCUGGGUUGAUUGUGAAGCAUCCGCACCAAAGGCGACAGGUGCUCGGGAGAGAUGAUCGCCUGAAGCUGGCUCGUUUGAUUGUGUGUCAGAAAAAGUCAGUCCGGGUGGAAGGCUUCAAGGUACCGAAUGAUGCCUGA